UUUCAUCAUUCCAGUUGCUCUCAUUUUUCUUUGCAAACAAAAAACAAAAAAUAGAAAAAAUAAAGAGCAAGAGAUAUGGCAAGCGCAUUCUCUUAUAAUUCUUUUGGAUUCCUUCUCAUUCUUGUCGCCUUUAGUUCAUUGAUAAAUAUAAGUUCAGCUGGUAGGCAAAUUGCCCCUAAAACUAGCAUUGAGUUUAUCAGAACAUCUUGUAGUUCAACGACUUACCCUAAACUUUGUUACGAAUCUCUCUUAACACAGGCUAGCAUGAUCCAAACAAGCCCCCAACUCAUCGCCCAUGCCGCCCUAAACGUGACCCUUUCAACCGCCAAGUCAACCUCGGCCUUGAUGGUGAAGCUUGCCAAAAGCCAAGGAUUGAAGCCUACAGAGGUGGGCGCCAUGCAAGAUUGCGUGGAGGAAUUGGAGGACACGAUAGAUGAGCUGAGAAAGUCAAUCAGCGAGAUGGGUCAGCUUAAAGGCUCCAAUUUUGGACUAAUGAUUAACGAUAUACAGACAUGGGUUAGCGCUGCUUUGACGGAUGAGAACACCUGCGCCGACGGGUUUGGAGGGAAAAACAUGAACGGCAGUGUAAAGACUGCUGUGAGAUCCAAGAUUGUCACAAUCGCUCAUUUGACAAGUAAUGCCUUGGCUUUGGUCAACAGCUAUGCUUCAUUUCAUGGUUAGCUAUUUAAUCAACUCUACAGGGGAAAUUUAGUCAUUAUUUACACUAGCAAAUGUAUUUAUGGAUUUUUAGAAAUUACUUCCGUUUUCCUGGUAAAUGUAAAAUAUAUAUGUGGUCCAAAGAAGGGAAUGGAGAUGUGUUUGUGUGUGAUCUUGGUGUCUUAAUGAAAAUGAAUGGAGUGAUCUAUAUUAUCUGCACACGUUGUAUCUGUACAAUACAUUGCUUUUUGUGAACAUAGUAAAAGUAAAGUUGAUGAAGCCUCUGUUGCAGCAUAGAAGCAGAGGUUUUAGUUUGUUGCAAGUA